UAUCUAAUUAAUAAAUUACGGAGUAUAACGAGUAUGAUGUUGUUGUACUACUAGCUGUUUCUAUCUCUUCUUCCUUUCUCUCUCUUCUCCUCUUUUCUUGGCGCUUUCUCUCCUUCUUCUUCAGAGUUGCCAAUGGCGACGGCAACACAAGGAGCUAGUGGCCCUCCACCGAAACCUUGGGAAAGGUCUGGAUCGUCAUCUGGUCCAGCACCAUUUAGACCCCCUUCAGCUGGUGCUACAAGUGAUGUUGUAGAAGCUUCUGGGACUGCAAAGCCUGGAGAAAUCGUUUCAACUUCUGAUCGAAUUAAUACUGUUAACACAAAUGCAGUUGGCAGGCCUCUUCCGACAAGGCCUUGGGAAAAUAAUAUCGGAAACAGCACUUAUGGAGGUAGAUACAAUUCUGGCAUGACGAACUCUGGAUAUGGAUCAGGGAUGUAUAAUUCAAUUGGUGGGGGAUAUGGAGGAAUGAGCGGGGGUAUGUAUGGUAGUAGCAUGUAUCGAGGGGGAAUUGGAGGGGGCAUUGGUGGGGGAUAUGGUGGCGGACUUUAUGGUUCUGGAAUGUAUGGUGGAGGAGGGAUGUACAAUAGUGGCUUGGGAGGAAGCAUGGGUGGUUAUGGAAUGGGAAUGGGGAUGGGCAUGGGCGGUCCCUUCGGACCCCAAGAUCCGAAUAAUCCUCCUCCAUCCCCACCUGGGUUUUGGAUUUCUUUUCUUCGUGUGAUGGAAGGAGUGGUAAAUUUUUUUGGACGGAUAUCUCUUCUUGUGGAUCAGAACACACAAGCUGUUCAUUUUUUCAUGUCUGCACUCUUACAGCUCUUUGAUCGAGGUGGUAUGCUGUAUGGCGAAUUGGCCAGAUUUGUAUUUAGAAUUUUGGGGUUAAGAAGAAAAUCGAAGAAGAUUGGCCCUGCAGGCCCAAAUGGCCUUCCAUUGCCAGGACCAGACAUGCAGAAUGAUCAGAGACUCCUAGAGGGACCAAAAUCUGCACCAGCUGGUGGCUGGGAUAACGUAUGGGGCAAUGAUGCUAGAAGAUAACACAAGGCUUUUUUUGCUCUGUGAUCUCAAUCUGGACUCUGCCGGAUGCUUAGAGAGCGAAAAAAGCCUCUCUCCUACAUUUGUGAAGGGAAUGAGUUAGAUUUUGUACUAUUAUUUCUGCAAUAUUGUAUGUCGUGUAUAAUAACGUGUUCAUUUUCUCUAUAUCUCAUUUGAUGUAUUACUAACUAAAAAAAUGUGCUAUAAAUGCUUUAUGCUAUUACUCUGUAAUGGGAGUUUGAAGUAUUAUGAAUAAGUUGUGCUCUUGAAAAAAAAAAAUGCAUAGUUAAAUAUAACAGUUCUACCCUAAA